AUGAACUUACCUUUGCUGAUCCCAGUGGUCUCCUUGUUUGCUUUACGAUUAAGUGCGAGCCAAGUAUUGCACCCGAGCACACAACAAAGUUUUUGGGAAUCAUUUGCACCUGGAGAGCUGUUGCGACUCUUGGAACGCUCGAGCUUAUCAUUUCCGAGUAUACCAAACACUGUAGCACAACGCAGAUCGGAUGUGAGUUCGGCCGCAUUCACAUUACCCGCCAAGCUGGAUACCAACUUUUCACCAACGCCAGAUUCAUCAACCGAUAACACAUACCCCGCGGAAGAUCAAUUAAAUGCACCGUCAAGUAAUGAAUUCAAUUACGAUAAGGCUUAUGAAGAUUUUGUGCGUCACUAUUUUAGCGACAAACUAGGAGAAGAUAACGACUCUAGUGGAAACAAUAAAGAACCCCUAGAUGGCGAAGGUAGUGAAAGCGAAGAACAACGUUUUGAAACGGAAGACAAUUCUUCAUCUGCGGAAACGGAACCGCUUACGGAGGAAACGAAAAAUCGUUCACAGCGCAAAACAAAGGAAAAAUGUCGCCGUGUUAGAAAACACAAGCAAAAUUGUCUGAUUUGUGAAAAUGCUCGCAGUGGCGAAAAAUCGGAAUCAUGCUCCUUCUCACGUGCAAGUGAACCACAGAAUUAUUCGUUCGAGAGGGAACGCAGUUAUAAGAAACAGCGUGAUACUGACGAGCCUACAUCACAUAGUGCUGAGCAAACGUCUUUGGAAGAAAUGGAAGCCGCCGGAGCGGACAAAAGUGUUGAAAAGCUUAAUAAAAGUGUUUAUAAAGGCAAGCACGUGCAGGUAAAACUCCCAAAAGACAGCAGCACUUGCAUACAAAUGCUGAGGCGUGGAAAAAUUUGCUACCAGUGCGUGGAUGGUGAUGGUACGACUACUAAAUGCUACGUGCCCCGGGAAAGGAGCAGUGGAAGCGCGGCCAACAGGUCACGUCCAGCUAAAGGGAAGGAACAUAAAGUCCAAAAAACUCAACAACGUAUUUACAAACGCACAAUAUCUUAUUCAUUUGAAAAGGGUCCAAAUGGCACUGCAGCAAGCGAAUCGCCAAGUGAUGCCGGCAUGUUGGAAAACACGGACACAGCAAGCAGUGCACCACAUUUGAAAGAAAAAAUAUUCAUUAAGGUAGUUAAGCAAAAUGAAACCAUCGGAGUAUAA